GGUCUAAUUUUCGUCAAAAAUUAUGGGGUGUUCGUGCCUUUCGUUGCGCUUGGAAAUUACUUUUUUUUCAUUUAAUAACCGUUCUGCUAGUGAUUAAUGAAGAUUGAUUAAUUUUGUCCAACCCUAAAUCAGGUUGACACCAUUUUUCGGUAAGUAUUAUCCCAUAAACUUUAACUGCGGUUAUUAGUGAACAACUAUAUUCGAAGGUGUAAAUACUAGAAUCAGAAAAUGUCUUGGCGAUAUUUUAUGAUAUCACUACCUCUACUUCCAUUUUUUCUUAUAUUCCUGAUAUUUUCCGUAAUUUACAAGAAUAUAAUAAUUACAAUAUUAAAAGUAAAGUAUGGUACGAACUUUACCAAUAUUGAAAACAUAGAUUCUUUUUUCACGGUAGGCAAUUUUCAAGAAAAUUUCUCUUAUAUUUUAACUACUAUGAAAACAAGAAUUAACGAAGAAGAUUUAGAAGCAAAAAUGAUUGAAGCUUUGGAUGAAACAAUAAUGAAAAAUGCAGAACAUUUUAAAAAAAUCCUUGGUUCUCUACACAAUUUUAUGGGUUUUCCAUAUGUUUUGAAAGAAGAUAUUAAAGCAGCUGAUUUUGUACAUAUCGUGGAUGUAGAAAAAGAUUGUUACAAAACGUUCGGCCAUUUAACUUAUGAUUAUAGCAUGAAGCCACUACCUAAAAAUAAUAAAUUACUUUUUGAGACGAUUAUACUGAAAUGUAGCAACAAAUGGAAAGAAAAGAACAAUUUUCGGAUAGAACAUAUACCAGUACUAAUCAAAAUUCAUCAUAUUUUGGGUGACGGUUUAUCAAUAAUGAAUCUAUUCGUUCAUUUAUUUGGUGAUGAUAAAUAUGUUAUAGAUAACGUUAUUAGAGAGUUCAAUAAAAGACAUAAACGCAGCAAUUUUUGGAUCAGAUUGUUACAAGGUGUUUAUUCCUUUUUACUACUCCCAGGUUUUAUGGUUUGUGAAGGAAUAAAAAGGAACUUUAAUAAAACAGCAUUCAUUGCUAGAGCCGGCUUCGGCAAACAAUAUUUUGUUAAAAAAGUUGAUGAUACGAUAUCGAUACAGAAAAUAAAAAAUUUAAAAACGAAAAUUGGAGACUGCGUUUUCACUGAAAUUUUACUUACUGCCAUUUCAGCUAGCUGUUAUUAUUAUUUUAGAGAGCUGAGUGGUUUUUUUCAAUAAUUUUGCCGAUAUUUCUAGAGUUUCAUACUGACUACAAGUAUAGUAAGUUUACACGUGUCUUUAUAAAAUUUGGUGGUAUUUCUUUCUCUACUCAUCUAAAUAUUCCGAUAUUUUUUAAAAAGAUCAAUAAAAAUAUCUUAUAAAGUUAAGUAUUCACAAUAACAAAUAUACAUACCAGAUUUUAUACUUUAAUUGUACACCUUUAUUACCUAGUUAUCGCUAAUAGAUGUUUACCAACUUUUUUACUUGUUUGUAUUGAGGUUAUUGAUAGAAAUUUCUUUUGUUAUACUUCAUGGUACAUUUGCCCAAUCCCCAUGUCAAUUGAUUGAUUUCUGCACGUGAAACAAUGAAGCUUUUAUAUUUUCACAAUUUUUUUCCUCUAAGAGUAUUUUUUAACAUUACUCUGUUACUUUGUGGAAUAAUUUUCCAAUCAAAUCUGUAAGUAAAUAGUUCUUCCUAGUUGCUUUCAUAGUAAUCAUUUUCGUUUAUUUCUUCUCAUUAAUAAUGUAUACUAAUGACGUCGUUUUUUUUAUAUAUAAAUAUAAAGAAAAAUCUUGAGUUCCAAAGCAGCAGCAGCAAUUAUGGCCGUUACCCAAAACAUUGACGAUUUAAAUAACAACGGUCUGCCGGAAUUAAAAAAUCAAUUCGAAUUUUUUUCAUUUGAAAUUCCUAUGGAUAUUGGUGGUGGAUCUAUGUUAAAAAGGUUAAACGCUACGAAAAAAUAUACCAGAUCACCUAAAUCAACUACUAUAUUCAUGAAUCAUGGUACGAAAAUAUAAAAAGAAGGGUACGCGUACUCAAGAGAUUGACGAAGAGUCCAUGAAAUUAGCAAUUGAUGACAUAAUUCAAGGACGGUUGUCGUAUAGGAAAACCGCGUUGAAAUAUAACAUCAAGACAUCUACGUUGGAAAGCAGAGUCCAGAAAUUUAAAGAUAGCUCUAACACCGAUGGCCUUCACGAACAUUUCAUUCUAAGUUCACGAGUCUACAAGUCUUCUUGGAAGAAGAGACACGCUUAAAUGACUACAUUAUUAAUUGCUGCAUUAUGGACUAACAACAGUACACUUUCGCAAACUUGCCUACGAAUACGCGAAAGCGUCAAAUUUAAAAUAUCCCACGAAAUGGGAUGAAAAACAAAUGGCCGGCGUAGAAUGGAUACGUAAAUAUAGAGAUAGAAGCACCAACCUCAGUCUGCGAAAACCGGAGAAGACAAGUGCAGCUAGAUCGUUCGCCUUCAAGCGUGCAGUCCAAGAGUUUUAUAAUAAUUUAGCUGAAGUGUUACAACGACAUAAUUUUGCUGCCAACAGAAUAUUUAACUUUGACGAGUCGGGCGUAUCUACAGUUUUAGAAACUCCUAAAAUUUUGGCUCCUAAAUCUCAAAAACAAGUGGGACAAAUCGUGUCAGCGGAAAGAGGCGAACUAGUAAAAUUUGGUGCAAUUAUUUCUGCAAGCGGCAAUACUAUUCCUCCGUUAUUUGUGUUUCCACGUUACACUAAAGGGACCAUUUUCUAGGAGGUGCGCCUGAAGGAAGCCUCGGAGCUGCUAAUAGAAGUGCUCGAGAUAAUGGCAUAAUUUUUGUGUCUUUUCCCCCGCACGCCAGUCAUCGAUUGCAACCUUUAGAUGUUGCAGUGUUCGGCCCAUUCAAGGCAAAGUUAAAAGUUGUAUUUAACAAUUGGGAUAUUUCGAAUCCUGGCAAGACAGUCAAUAUUUAUAACAUACCUAAACUAGUAAAACUUGCAUAUUUUGAAUCAUUUACUGUAAAAAAUAUUACAAGUGCAUUUGAGAAGCCAGGUAUAUGGCCGUUCAAUUAAAUGGCGUUAAGUGAUGUAGAUUUCGCUCCCAUUGACGUGAAUAAUUCAAAUAAUUCUGCAAAUGAGUUACCUAAUCCAGAAACAAGUACUGUCGCUCUAGAAUCACAACCCUCCACCAAUGUGCCAUCUACUGAUAUGAAUGAGCCAGAUAUUCGUGAGGAGUCGCCUCCUUUUCUUCAAAAUUCUCAAGGUAUUUUUACCGGAACUGACGAACCCUCCACCUCUUCAACUAAGACACAAUCUGAACCAAGUGCUUAUCUUCCCGUAACACCAGAAGUCAUUAGAUCUUAUCCUACAGUUGUUAGAAAUAGAAAAACCAAUAAAGGAAGAAAACCGAGUAAAUUCCGUAUAUAUACAGAUAUACCUGAAAAAACAGCACUAGAAGAGAGACAUAGACAGAAAGAAUUGAAAAAAUAGAACAGGAAAGGAAAGCCAGAGCCAAAGCAAUGAAACGUAGUUUCACCGAACUUAAUUUAAUACAUAAGAAAAAGAAAGCUAAAGCAAAUAGAAAGUGAUGAAGAUUCAGAAGAAUCUGAAGGAUCGCAAUUUAGCUUGAGGGAGAGUUUAACAUCUCCAAUCGAUUUCGAAACGGACGAAGAAAUUGAUGAUCAUAGUAACGAUAAUAAUUUAAAUGUGGCCCCAGAUAAAAUCAAAGAUAAUUAUUUUGUGUUGGUAAAGUUUGAGAAAAAGACUUCUGUUGUAUAUUACGUUGAAAAAGUUCUCAGUCAUUAUUCGGAUACAGGGCUGAAAGUAUCUUAUCUUCGGAAGAAACCGGGCUCAUCAUGGUCAUUAUUUUUCCCUGAUAUUGACGACAUACACACUCUGUAUAUCACCAAUGUCGCCAUGAUCCUUCCUGAUCCACAACCACGAGCGGGCUGUACAGCUAGAAUGGCUAGACUUCUUACUUUUGCAGUUAAUUUAAAUAAUUUUAAUGUGCAAUAACUUCCAAAGUAACAAGCAAAUGUAUGAUUAGCUACUCUAAGUUUAGAUUGUCAAAGACUGUAUAUCUGUAUAAAUAUAGUAUAACAAUCUCAACUAAAAAAUAUUGCAAAGAUAUAAUUUAGACUGAUUGUAAAGCUUAGAAUUAUCAAUAAGUAAACUAAGGAGGAACGAUUUAAUUUAUUGUUAUGUUUCUAAAGAAAAUUUAUCGCCUAUGGGCCAAGACAAGUAUUAUUAAGUUAGUUCUUUGAUAAAUAAAUAUUUUUAUAAUAAUUAAUAAAAAAAUUACAAAUU